UGUCAUCAAAUAUAUAUAUAUAUAUAUACAUAUAUAUAUAUUUAUAUACACAACUGAAAAAGUAUUGAACAGAACAUACAAAAUAGAAAUUAAUCAAGAUGUUGCGCAUACCAGGCAUGCCCCUACUGCCGGGCACCCUCUUCCGUGAAGUUAAUAAAGUGUACUAUCCGAAAUCGCAAACGUUGCUCAACUUUCGUGGCAUACCGAUGCUCAGCGAUCGCCAGCAUCCGAUGCCCGUGGAUCCUGCCGGUGCUGUUGUCGACAUUAGCUGCCCGCCGGCCGCUGCGCAUGCUCUAUAUCCGCCCCGUUCGGGGCCACGCCUACCGCCCUGGCUGGCCUACGACAAGAAGGUGCUCAGCUUUCGCGCCUAUUUCAAGCAGACACUGCAGGAAAACUUUCACGCCCCGUAUAUGGUGCGGCAUGUGAAGAUCUAUUACUAUCUGGAGGACGGAACGCUCGAGAUACACGAACCGAAGGUCGAGAACUCGGGCAUUGUGCAGGGCUGUGUGCUGCAUCGACAGCGUGUGCCCAAGCCGCCGCCCUGCGAGAACGAAACGCUCUCCAUAAUCGAUCUCAACGUGGACAAGACGGUGCUGAUCUUCGAUCGCAACUAUCACAUUGUCGACUGCGAUCGCUUCACGCGCAAUUUUCUCAACAAGCGCGGCAUUGUGGUGCCGGAUCCGGUGAUGGCCGCCAUCGAUCCGGCCGAGGCGGUGCGCAAACGUGGCCAGGUACGCGCCAGCAAUCCGCCAGAGAAGCGACAUCCGUUUGCCCAGUUCCUCAAGUACGAUCGCCAGAUACUCAAGUUCCAGGCCUAUUGGGACGAUCGCACCGACAUGGGCGAUGUGCGCAAGCUCGAGGUCUGCUACUAUCUGGCGGAUGACACCAUCGAGGUGAAGGAGGCUCACAUACGCAACUCGGGACGCGACGGACCGACCGUCUUCCUCAAGCGCGGACGCUUGCAGCGCGAGUUCGAUGGGAUGCUGUUGCCGGGCCAGCAGACGCCCGUGACGCUGCUGAAUGUGCUCGGCUCUGCCCGGAAUGUGCGCUACUGCAUCGAUCCGCUCAAUCUGGGCAGCAAGGAGAUACUAUAUUAUAGUCAACGCGAUUUGCAAAUCGGCAGCGUGCUCAACGUAUACGGCCGGGCGGUGGUCAUCACCGACAUGGAUCCGUUCACCAAGCAGUAUUAUCGCGAUCAUUACGGUAUUGCUGAGUUUACGCCAAUUCCGAUGCCGACCCGUUCGGAUGUCUGCAAGCCGUACGACAAGUCCGGACGCAUGCUGCCGCCGUUCAAUGGCUGGGGCAGCUACGAGGACUCUGCCGGCAAUUGCAUGUCCAUUGUGAUCAAACGGCCCAAAACGGAUUUCCGGAAAUUCAUCAAAUUCGAUCGCUAUGUGCUGCGCUUCGGCGCCAAGAUGCUCUCCACCAUACGGGAGAACUGCGAACGUAUAUUCGUGAUCAGCUACUAUAUGAGCGACGAUACCAUGCAGGUGCAGGAGAUAGCGGUGCGCAAUUCCGGCUUCCUGGGCGGCGUAUUCAUGAAACGGACGCGCGUCCUCAUGCCCGGCCAGGAGAAGUUCUCGUGCAAGCAGCCGCAGUAUUAUAGGCCGUGCAAUUUCUUUAUUGGCGGCACCAUGUCCAUCAAGGAUUUCAUAUUCCAUCUGGUAUCCGCUGAUGAGUUCACGUUGAUGUACAUGGAACAUCAUCCGGAACAGUUUCCGCAUUGCAAUAUGGAGCUCAUUCUGGAGAAGGUGCGCAAGGCGCUGGAGCCGCGCAUGGCACAGUUUGUCUCUUCGUGUGUGCCCGACUGCACGGAUCUGGAAAAGAAAAUGGAGAAGCGCACCGUUUUCGUGUCAUUCGAGAGCCUAAAGGGCGCCUUGGUUGCGCUAAUGGGCAACACGAUCAGCGAUCAUGAGAUCAUCUCGCUGUGCCGUCACUUUUCCGGGGAACAGGCGCCGCCGAAUGCCUGCGCCCGGGACAAGGUGCGCGCCUCGGCCCAUUUGGAGAUCAAGCGUUCGCUGUGGAAUGGCCGGGAUGAGCUGAUGGAGCAUUUCCAUCACAUCAAUCCGACCAAUAAGCCAUUCCUGCCGGAGGCCCAGGUGCGCUCCACGCUGCGCGGCUUUCGCAUGCCCUUCACCCUCGAGCUGAUCGAUAACAUAUUGUCCGUGCUGAAUCGCAACGAUUGCGAUGAUAUCGAGGUCUGCGACCUGAUGAACUUCAUCGAUGUAUCCUGCACCAAGGGCUGCGAUAUGCCGCCCAUCAACUAUGCCUUCGAGCUGUGCCCCAAGCUGCCCUUCCAGUACAAGGGACGCGUUGUCGACUUUGGCUGUUUACUCAAAGCCCUCAACCUGCCCCUCAAUCUGCCCAGCAGCAAAGCCCAGCCGACCAAUAUGAUCGGCGAUGCCCGAAUAUUGCCACCCUCAGCCAUAACCGAUUGUUGAACCGAUCUUAGAUCAUCGAUCCGUGAUCCGUGAUCCUUGAUCCUUGUUCUGUGAUCCUCGAUCCACACGCUGCUCAGUGAAGGGAGGCCGACUAAUGUGUUCUCGUCUCAAUUUUAAAAUGUUAUGCAGUUACACAUUCCAGCUAUAGUCGUAGUUAGAUCGAAAUUUCUUGUGCCACAUGCAUCGACUUAAGCGGACAAUCUCAGACAUUAGGAACUAUCGUGGUGUAGCGUACGUAGAAUAUACACAGAGAAAACACAAGCAUCAGACAUUCAAAUAUAUUUUAAAAUAUCGACAACAAACAAAAUAUGUAAAAAACAAAUUAAUAAAAGCGUAUAGAAGUUCGAA